AUGAAAUUAGAAGGCUGCAUACGCACCAACACUUGUUUACCCAUCACACCAAAGGUGGUCACAGUCAAGAGAGGGAGCAGUGCAAACAUCUAUCUUGAAAAUGCUGCCUUCCGGACUUUCUUGAACUCCAAAUUCAAAGUGAGCCCUGUUGACAUGGAGAGUGCUGCAAUUGCUUUGAUUGCUCAUCAACAAAAACUCCCUUUCAUAGCCUUCAGAGCUUUAUCUGAUCUUGCUGGUGAGAGGUCCACAUUUUCUAACGGUGGGGAUGACUCCUUCACUUCUCUUAUAACCAUGAAUUGUAUCAGCGUUGUGCUCCAGUUCAUCAAGACCAUGGAUAGGCCAAUGGUUGGUCUUAUGUGA